AUGUCAGAACAUGGUAGAAGUCCGUCCAUGGACAACCCGGCUGAGGGACAUGACCCCACAUUCAAUUAUCAGAAACGACUUUAUUCUCUGAUGGACAAGUUAUUACGCCAGGAGCAAGAAUCUAGGCGCUACCACGGACACCUCGAGUCUAAAAUCAAUGUGGAUUCUUCUACGUAUCUAAAAUUGAGGGAUUAUUGCGUUCAGGUCGAGAGAAAAGUCUCUGCCUUGGAGUAUAUACGAUCGCAGCAAGAGACUUCAUUACGAUUCGCGGUGGAAUCUUGUCAGGUUAUGUCCAACAACCUCAACCUUCAAAGAAACAAAGUGAACCAGCUUGAAUCUCGUCUCAUUCAUUUGUAUCCAGCAAUUGAUGAAAUGCUUUGUUCUUUGAAUGAUAACGAUGGCACUCAGAAAAGCCAAAAUAUGGAACAACUUCUUCAAGAAAACCAGCGUCAGCGAGAGCUGAACACCUAUCUUCAGGGGGCUCUUUCUGCUCGCGAAGAGAUGCUACAGGACUUGAAAACAUCUCUCGCAGAGGCAUUUCUCGGCUUUCCCGCAGGUGAUCAUGACACCGAAAACCAUGAGCAGCGGCAAGAUGAGAGUGUACCCUCGUCUCUUUCAACUGAUGAUCGGUCCACUGUUAAUAAUUUCCCCGAUCUACUUAUGUGCGAUACGUGA